CGUUCAGGAUGUGUGCUGAGUUUUUCUCGGUAAGCCACAAAGUGUUUGCAUCAGUUCUGUUGCGGCUGCAGAGAGUUUCACACACUCAUUUACCAAAGGAGCAGAACCUGACCUCAGACACCAAUGGAUGAGCUUAGUUGGGAGGACUUUUUAAAAGAAGUCAAUAACACGCCACAAUUUAACUGUAGUGUAGACUUUGAGGUUCCUUUAUGCGAGAAAAGUAAUGUCAUCCAGUUUGGUGCAGCAUUUCUCCCAGCGUUCUACUACACCAACUUCCUGCUGAGCUUGGUGGGGAAUGGACUGGUGCUGUACAUCAUCUACAAAUAUGAGAAGCUCACAAGGGUCAACAACAUCUUCUUGCUCAACCUCGUCAUCUCGGACCUGAUCUUCGCCUUCAGCCUUCCCUUUUGGGCAGUCUACCACAAGUCAGAAUGGAUCUUUGGCAGUGGCCUUUGCAAGUUGGUGGGAAGCUGUUAUUUCAUCGGCUUCAACAGCUCCAUCCUCUUCCUCACUCUCCUGACUUUUGACCGCUACCUUGCGGUGGUCCACGCCAUCAGUGCAGCCCAGAGCAGAAAGAAAAAAUACGCAUUUGCAUCGUCCGCCAUCGUCUGGGUGCUCAGUAUAUUGGCUAGUAUAAAGGAUAUAGUUCUUUAUGAUGUGAUGGAUGAUCCAAAUGGUAGGCUGUGCGAAAUGACUGGUUACAUCCAGUCUACCCUCACAAAGUGGGAGCUGAUCGGCUAUUAUCAGCAGUUUCUCUUUUUCUUCCUAGUGCCUCUAGUUAUUGUCCUGUACUGCUAUUUCCGCAUAAUCAUCAGGAUCAUGUCCACAUGCAUGGUGGAGAAGUGCAAGGCGGUCAAACUCAUCUUUGUUAUUGUCUUCACCUUCUUCAUCUGCUGGACGCCUUACAAUGUGGUCAUUCUGUUAAAAGCCAUCAAGACAUCCUUUGGAGACCCGAAUAAAUGCUCAGAAGCCCUCGACUACGCUCUGUACGUAACGCGUAACUUUGCUUACCUGUACUGCUGCAUCAGCCCUGUCUUUUAUACCUUUUUGGGGAAGAAGUUUCAACGCCAUUUUCUGAAACUUUUGGCCAAGCGUAUACCAUGUUUGAAGAUCAAUACAUUGCUCUCAGAGCCAAGCAGUAAAACCACAUCAGUCAGGAGACCAACACUGAUUACUGAUCAUUCACGUGACUAACAAGUUUGUGUUCGAAUUUGUUGUUAAGAGGACACAAAUUGGAUCACAGAGAGAAAGAGAAAAACAAAGAAUCCAAGAUGCAAUGUUUGACCAAUGUAUGUUGUUUUACCAUUAAUAUAUAUAUUUAUAUAUAUAUUUUUUUCAAUAAUUUCUCAUUUAAUGCAUAUUAAUGCAUACUAAUUAAUAGAGUGUCUAAAGAUCUUUUCUCAUUUAAUGUAUAUUAAUGAAUAUUAUAUGUCUAAUGGACUCCAUCAAUUUUACGUAAUUGAGAAAAGGCAUUUAAUAAUAAUUAUUGUUUAUAAUAAUUACUAUCCAAUUGAUGUACAUGUAUUUAUUCCGUCACAAAUAUCGCUUUAAUGUCAUCAAAACCCAAAAAAAAGAAAGAAAGAAAAAACAAAGAAAAAAGAAAAAAGAAAAAAACUUCUGUGAAAGAGUAUCAUUGCAACAUAAUGUUGAAUGUGUAACCCUAGUCCUAAUCUAUGGGUUCUUUAGCAAUAUAUAGCUAUCAAAUCUCUGCUAUUUUAUUUUAUUCUGUAAGGAGCAAUUUUUUGUGUGUAAAAUAUAUUGUUGUAAGAGUUCUUCAAGUAUGGCAAAUUAAUGAUUUUAUAUUGCUGUUAAUUUCUGGUGUAGCUUAUGCUGAGAAGUAAAAUAUUAGUGACCAGAAUCUUAAUGAUAUUAUUAUUUCAGUGUAUCACACCUUCAUUUUGAGCAUGAACUCAGUCUCUACAUUGUGUUUUGUGUGUGUUUGGAUCUGAUUUUAAUGCCAAUAAAUGAUUCUAAAUAA